UUAUUUGUGAUUAAUACGAGUAAAGUGCAAGAUAGAUCCAAGUUUAUGAAGUUUUAGCCUGUGACAGCCUCUUUAUAUAUACAGCCUUACCCCACUCCUCUGCUCUCAACGGAAAGUUCAUUUCUGUGUUUGACACAUUUCCUUUCCUUCAAUUCUACUAGCUUCAACAAGAAUGAAUCGUCUCAGCCUCUCCAUACCGCUUCUGCUGCUAUCCAUAUUUUGCUUUUCAGGCACAGUGGAACCGGCAAGGUUUGCCAGACAUUCCCGGCCUCGGGCCUAUAUCGAGACUGCGUGCACGAAGACCCUUUAUCCAUCCCUAUGCACCCAAUACCUAUCAGUCUUUGCAAACUCAACAAUACAAACCCCUCAACAACUAGCCCAAGCUGCCUUAUCCGUGAGCCUAUACAAGGCCCUCCAAACAAGAACAUUCAUGUUGAAAGUGGUCAAGGAGCUCAAGGCAAUGAAAUCUAAGGAUUACCAGGCUGUGAAGGACUGCUUGGAUCAGAUUGGUGAUAGCGUGGAUCAACUUAGCCAAUCAGUUAGAGAGCUCCAUCGCUUGGAACAUCCAGGUGCUGCGGGUGGCGGUGACGUCUUUUGGCACGUAAGUAAUUUCGAGACCUGGGUAAGCUCUGCCAUGACUGAUGCCAGUACUUGUGUGGAUGAGUUACCGGGGAAGGAUAUGAACAAGUUAAAGGCUGUAAUCAAGGCCAAGGUUUUGAAUGUGGCACAGACUGCUAGCAAUGCACUAGCCUUGUUUCAGCGGUACGCUGCAAAGCACAAGCCAUAAGGCUGCAUGUAAACCUUGCUUGUGUUUCUGAAUCAAACUUUGCAGUUCAAGAUUUCUUACUGUGUAAUCAUUUUGAGGUUCUGUCAGUUUCCUGUACAAUUGUAUACAAAGUGAACAAAGCACCUUUAAGAAUCAGUAAUAACUGAAUGUAAUCUCAUCCUUUUGCGUAAGAUGUUGACAUUAUCAUU